UGGAGAAGUUUCACAGUUUCAAUCUCUCUCGUUUACUCUCUCUCUCUCUCUCUCUCUCUAAAACUCUCUAAUUACGUAAUCGCAGAGACAUAUUUGGUUCUCUCUCUCCCUCCAUCAUCAUCCUCAUCUCUCUAUACUUAUACCUAUCUUUUCUUUUCCUAUGUGUUCUUAAUCAUCUAUGUAUAUAUAGAAACUAAUUCCACAUUUAUUUGUUCAAUUCAGCUCUAAACCCUAACAAAAUUCAUUUUAUUUUCUUCAUUUUAUUCCAAUCAAUCACACGCACUUCUCAAACUGUAUGUAUAUAGCAAGUACAUAAGAUCGUGUUGUGUAUAUAUUCCUAAAUUUUUUAUUUUAAUUUUCAUUUUCACUUGUUUUUGUGCUGUGAAAAGUAAAUAAAUACUUGUGCUAAGAAUAGAAGAUGACGAUGGUGAAUUGAGUCGGUGUGUUUAUAUAAUUAAUAAUUGUGUGUAUAUGUGUGUGACGCGAGGCGGAGUUGCGUGGUUGUGUGGAACUUGAGUUGUGUAUAAUAAAUAGGCUGAGGUUGUGAAGGUUGGGGUUAUGAUCAGAACAGAGAGUGAAUUUGGAGAAUUCAGAACAGUUUUUGAGUUUUCGGGAUCUCGAUAAGUUUGGGGAUGAGGAAUAAUGAUCAGAAUCAGAGGGGAGGGAGGAAUAAUAGUUUGCUUCAGAACUCUAUUAGGACUUUCUCGACAUAUUUUAAGGCUGUUUCGAGUGGUGCCUCCACGGUGGUGAAGUCUGCUGCUUCUGCUGCUUCUAAUGCGAUUGCAGAGAGGGAGAGUGAUGCACCUAAUGAUCAGGUUAACUGGGCUGGUUUUGACAAAUUAGAAUUUGAAGGGAAUGCUGCCCGCAGGGUUCUGUUGUUGGGAUAUCGGUUUGGUUUCCAGGUUUGGGAUGUUGAAGAUGCGAAUAAUGUGAGGGAAGUGAUUUGCAGAUAUGAUGGCCCUGUGUCUUCUAUGCAAAUAUUACCGAAACUGGAAGCAUCAAAGCAGUCCGGCGACAAAUUUGCAGACAGCCGACCAUUAUUGGCCUUUUGUGCAGAUGGAUCCUUUAGUGGAGGCAUUCAUGAAGGUACAGUAGGUCCCUGUAAUGGGAAUCUCCAGAACUGUUAUGAUCAAUUCAGUGGUGGUUUUUUGCCCACUGUUGUUUGGUUUUACUCAUUCACAUCUCAGUCUUAUGUCCAAGUGCUGAAAUUUAGAUCAGUUGUAUAUUCCGUAAGGUGCAGUCCUCGGGUUGUCUUUGUAUUACAAGCAGCUCAGAUACACUGUUUUGAUGCUGCAACGUUAGAGAAGGAAUACAAUAUUCUCACAAAUCCUAUAGUUACCAAUGGUUUUAUUAAUGGUGCUAUAGGCUUGGGACCUCUUGCAGUGGGUCCCAGGUGGAUGGCUUAUAGUGGACCUUCUGUAGCAAUAUCUAAUUCUGGGCGUGUUGACCCACAGCACUUGACUCCUGCAAGUUCUCAGAGUCCUGCUUCGAGUGGGAGUUUGGUUGCACAUUAUGCCAAAGAAUCAAGCAAGCAACUUGCCGCUGGGAUUGUGACUCUUGGGGACAAAAGUUAUAAGAAAAUUUCCAGAUACUACUCUGAGCUCCUACCUGAUAGCAGCAAUGCAGGGAAUCCUGGUUGGAAUAAUUGGGGAACUGAUAAUGGUCAUCUACCUGAUGCCGAAAAUAUAGGAAUGGUUAUCGUGCGAGAUGUACCGAGUAAAUCUGUUAUUGCUCAGUUUAGAGCCCAUAAAAGUCCUAUUUCAUCUUUGAGUUUUGAUCCUAGUGGGACUCUCCUGGUCACAGCCUCAGUUCAGGGUCAUAAUAUUAAUGUCUACAAGAUAACCCCGGAACCUUCAGGAAGUUCAUCAGGAUCUGAUUCUAGUGCAGCUUAUGUACAUCUUUACAGGUUACAACGUGGUCUCACUAAUGCGGUCAUCGCAGACAUAAGUUUUAGUGAUGAUAGCAACUGGAUUAUGAUAAGUUCAUCAAGGGGAACUGGACACUUGUUUGCCAUUUCACCAUCAGGGGGAAAAGUUAACUUUCCUUAUUCUCAUUCUCGUUUUACUACCAAAACUAGUGGUCCUGGUGCUACAAGCAAACCGUCAGUUGGUAGUGGUGCAGCAACUUCUAGUUUGCAGGUGCUCAAUCGACAGAAGCUCUGUGAUUAUGGUCCUCCAGUUGCACUCUCUCCAGUUAGCAGGGUUAGGAGUAGCAAUAACGGUUGGAGAAGUGCGGUAACUGGUGCUGCAGCAACUGCAACUGGUAGGACGGGUACCUUCUGCGGGAUUAUUACUUCAGUGUUUCACCACUGCAAGGAAAAUGAUCUUCUGAUGGAUAGCAGCCAUUUGAAGCCAAAGUAUGACCUCUUGGUUUUUUCGCCAUCUGGGUGUGUGAUACAAUAUGCUUUGCGCAUGUCAUCUGGGUUAGGUGGUUUGGCAGGUGUUUCUGGAGUAAGCAACACAUAUGAUCAGACUAAUGAGUGUGAUCCUAGAUUAGUAGUUGAAGCAAUCCAGAAGUGGAAUAUCUGUCAGAAGCAGAACAGAAGGGAACGAGAGAACAAUUCUGAUAUUUAUGGAGAAAAUGGGUGUUCAGACGGCAGUAAAAUAUAUCCUGAAGAAAUGAGCAAGGAAGAAGUUGUUUUUCCUGAAGUGAAGGACACAAAAUUAAGGAUCAGUUCUGAGGAAAGAUAUCACAUGUAUAUUUCUGAGGCUGAACUGCAUAUGCAUCUACCCAGGGCUCCAUUAUGGGCUAGAUCUGAGAUUUAUUUUCAAACAAUGAUCAAAGAUGAUUCCGUCGUAGACGAGGAAGACACUUUGGGAGGCGAAAUUCAGAUUGAAAGGUUUCCAGCUCGCAUGGUUGAAGCUAGGUUAAAAAAUCUGGUUCCAGUUUUUGACUACGAUAAAAUGCCUCUCUCUCAAAUUGCACGGGGUCUUUCAGACGAUAAUGAUGGGCAACUGUCUCACGAAAGCUCUGGAAUUGCGUAUAGUGAGGAUGAUAUUCCUCAAAGAAACUGUGAUUCUCUUGAUUCUGCAGAUGCUUCCAUGGGUGAACAUCCAGAUGGCACUGAAAAUGUUAUAUCUGAUGGUCUUUGGACUGAGGGCUUUGUAAAUAAUAGGACAAGUCCAAAGGCAAGUGCCCGGCCUGACUUUGUAAAUAAUAGAGACAGCUCGGUGAAGAAUAGGAAACAAAACUUUGUAGAUAAUCACAUAGAAGACCAGAAAAUGGGGAAUCAGUCUGGUGAUGGAGAUGAUGAGUUUGAGGUGUGAAGUUGGGUUUUUUUUCAUUGGAGCAACAUCGACCAGUGAUUAAGCUGUGGAGGGGGCACGGAAAGGGUCAAGGACACGAGAGUCGUGGGUUUUAACUAUGAUACUUUGUUCUUUCUAGUUGUCUUUUGACAAUUAUGUAAUAAGAGCUCUGAAUGAAUGUCAAAUAAGCAGUUGCACUUUGUUAAACCCUGAAGUAUUGCCUGUUAAAUGAUUUGCUAUGUGAUGUGGUGUUACACA